AUGGAAGCUGAGAAUGUCACCUCUGUUAAGGAGUUCACCUUACUGGGACUGGCCAGCCAAAGAAAAAUCCAGCUUUUCCUUUUUGGGGUCAUUCUUCUUGUCUACUUGCUUACUGUUUUGGGGAAUCUCCUGAUCAUCAUCCUAGUGCAGAUUGACGUUCAACUCCACAUCCCCAUGUACUAUUUUCUCUCACAUUUUGCAGGGAUAGAAAUAUGUUAUGUUACCAGCACCAUGCCUCUCAUGUUAACCCAUCUCUUGACUGGAAAUGGAGUCAUUUCUUUUGCACUCUGCACCAUUCAGAUGUAUGUCGCAUUGACCAUGGGGAGCAUGGAGUCCUUUCUCUUGAGUGUCAUGGCUUAUGACCGCUACCUGGCCAUCUGCUGUCCUCUAAUUUAUGCUACUGCCAUGAGCACGCAAAAACAGUUGCAGUUUGCUUUAGCCUGCUGGGUUAUUGCUCCUGUGCUCUCUGCCAUCUGUGUUAUCUGUUUUGUUUGCCAAACUUAUUGUGGUCCUAACUGGAUCAACCACUUCAUAUGUGAGUUGCCAGUUGUGCUGAAACUUGCAUGUAGUGAUACACGAAUAAGCAAGCUUGUGAUUUUAGCUAUAGGAGCAUUAGGCAUUCUGGUUCCUCUAUUGGUUAUUCUGACCACCUAUGGGUGUAUAAUUUAUUCUGUCUCACAUAUGAAGUCAAAUGUUGGACUGCACAAAGCUUUCUCUACCUGCACAUCCCAUUUGAUUGUGGUCAUUUUUUUUUAUGGAACGAUUAUCUGUAUGUAUAUGAUUCCAAAGUCAGCUUCAUCUCCUGAUCAUGAUAAGCAAAUUGCAGUCUUCUAUGUUGUGGUCACCCCUCUGCUCAACCCCAUCAUUUAUACCUUGAGAAAUAAGAGCAUACAUAGAGCAGCAUCCAAAAUGUUGUGA